GUUCAUUCAUUUGUUUCAACCAUUUAACAAUUUUCUUCAUAAACCAUUUAUUUCCUUUUUUUUUCUGUGCUUUCUUCUUUUCCUCUAUUCUGUCUGAGAGCUUUUCCUAAUAAAACCAUAAAACAAGUGUAUCCAUUCAUCGUUCUCUCUUUCUUUCCUACACUCAAAGAAAAAGAUAGUAAAAGAAAGCAAAAGAGAGAAAGAAAGAAAGAAAGAAAAAAAAGGAAGGGUUUAGCUUAUUCUCUUCCUUGUAUUUCAAGACUCUUUCUUCCUUUGAAGAUGUUUGAUUCCAUAACCAUAAGCCCUUUCACACACACACUUGAACUUCUCACUUUUCUUCCCUUUUUCCAAACGUUCAGAAAACCUUCUUGUGUUUGCUUCAAAUAUAUAUUCCAAACUCAACCUUUCUAAACAAACAACAACAACAACAAAAACAUGGUCCCUUUGACCUUAAUUGUUUUAACUCUGUUUUCUGUUCUGUUUUCCUCUGUUUUUGCUUCAUCCUUGUUCGGUGAUUUCAAUGUCUUACUCUCACUUAAAGAAGGGUUUCAAUUCCCAAACCCAGUUCUAGACACAUGGAACACUUCCAAUUUCAACUCAGUUUGUUCAUGGGUUGGAAUUCAAUGCCACCAAGGUCGAGUUGUGUCGGUGAACUUAUCCGAUUUGACUCUGUCUGGCUCUGUUUCACCUUCAAUUUCAUCACUUGAUAAACUCACACACCUUUCCCUUUCAGGAAACAACUUCACUGGAACCAUUCACAUCACAAAUUUAACAAAACUUCAAUUUCUAAACAUCUCCAAUAACCAGUUCAGUGGCCACAUGGAUUUGAACUACUCCACCAUGGAAAACUUGCAAGUUAUUGAUGUUUACAACAAUAACUUCACAUCUUUGCUUCCAUUGGGACUUAUUAGUUUGAAGAGUAAGCUGAGGUACUUGGAUCUUGGUGGUAACUUUUUCUAUGGAGAAAUCCCAAAAAGCUAUGGAAAAUUAGUUUGUCUUGAGUAUCUGUCACUAGCUGGAAAUGAUAUCAAUGGAAAAAUACCUGGUGAGUUGGGGAAUCUAAGUAACUUGAGAGAGAUUUACUUGGGCUAUUACAACUCUUUUGAAGGUGGAAUUCCAGUUGAGUUUGGAAAGUUGAUAAAUUUAGUUCACAUGGAUCUUUCAAGCUGUGAUUUGGAUGGUUCAAUACCAAGAGAGUUUGGUAACUUGAAAAAGCUUGAUACACUUUACUUGCAUAUCAACCAGCUUUCAGGUUCAAUACCAAAACAACUUGGUAACUUGACUAACUUGGUUUACUUUGACCUUUCAAGCAAUGCACUCACAGGUGAAAUCCCUUUUGAGUUCAUCAACCUCAACAAACUCAAACUUUUCAAUCUUUUCUUGAACAGGUUACAUGGUUCUAUACCUGACUACAUUGCAGAUUUGCCUUAUUUAGAGACACUUGGCCUUUGGAUGAACAACUUCACAGGUGAAAUUCCAUACAAACUUGGUCUUAAUGGGAACCUUCAAGUUCUUGACUUGUCCUCUAAUAAACUCACCGGUGUCAUUCCACCUCAUCUUUGUUCCUCAAAACAGCUUAGGAUUUUGAUUCUUCUGAAUAAUUUUCUGUUUGGACCCAUACCUGAAGGUCUAGGAACAUGUUACAGUCUGACUAGAGUGAGAUUAGGACAGAAUUAUCUGAAUGGUAGCAUUCCAAAUGGUUUUCUUUACCUUCCUAAGCUAAAUUUAGCAGAGUUGAAAAACAACUACUUAUCAGGAACUUUAUCAGAAAAUGGUAAUACUUCAUCUCAGCCUGUUAGUUUAGAACAACUUGAUUUGUCAAACAAUGCAUUAUCUGGUUGUUUACCACAUUCACUAUCAAAUUUCACUUCCCUUCAAAUACUUUUGGUAAGUGGAAACCAAUUCUCGGGUGGAAUUCCGAGUUCGAUCGGAGGACUAAAUGAAGUGCUGAAAAUGGACCUUAGCAGAAACUCAUUAUCAGGAGAAAUUCCAGGUGAAAUUGGAAAGUGUGUCCAUCUCACCUACCUUGACAUGAGCCAGAACAAUCUAUCUGGAACCAUCCCAGCAUUGAUAUCAAACAUACGUAUUUUGAAUUACUUGAAUAUAUCUAGAAACAAUUUGAACGAAAGCAUCCCAAGAUCAAUAGGGACAAUGAAAAGCCUGACAGUUGCUGAUUUCUCGUUCAAUGAAUUAUCAGGUAAGUUGCCAGAGUCAGGUCAAUUUGCAUUCUUUAAAGCGUCGUCAUUCGCAGGAAAUCCAAAACUAUGCGGUUCUGUAUUGAACAAUCCAUGUAAGUUGAGAGGAGGAAUGAAAAGAAGAGAAGGAAAAAAGAGUGGAGAUAUGAAGCUGAUAUUUGCAGUUGGACUAUUGAUAUGCUCCAUAGUGUUUGCAAUUGGAGGCAUUAUAAAAGCAAAGAGAUUGAAAAAGAAUGGAGGUGGUGGUUGUUGGAAGAUGACGGCAUUCAAAAAGGUGGAAUUCACGGUUACUGAUAUACUAGAAUGCGUGAAAGAUGGGAAUGUGAUUGGAAGAGGAGGUGCAGGAAUAGUAUACCAUGGAAAAAUGGGAAAUGGGGUGGAAAUAGCAGUCAAAAAGUUAGUUGGUUUUGGUGCAAAUAGUAAUGAUCAUGGAUUCAGAGCUGAAAUACAAACACUUGGAAACAUAAGACACAGAAACAUAGUCAGACUACUUGCAUUCUGUUCUAACAAACAAACAAAUCUACUUGUUUAUGAAUACAUGAGAAAUGGUAGCUUAGGUGAGGCAUUGCAUGGGAAAAAAGGUUGUUUUUUGACUUGGAAUUUUAGGUACAAAAUUUCAAUUGACUCUGCUAAAGGACUUUGCUACCUUCACCAUGAUUGUUCCCCUUUGAUCCUACACAGAGAUGUCAAAUCUAACAACAUUUUGUUGAGUUCAAAUUUCGAAGCACAUGUGGCUGAUUUUGGACUAGCAAAGUUCUUGGUCGAUGGUGGCGCAUCGGAGUGUAUGUCUUCAAUUGCAGGCUCCUACGGCUACAUUGCACCUGAAUAUGCUUAUACAUUGAGGGUGGAUGAAAAGAGUGAUGUUUAUAGUUUUGGAGUAGUUCUAUUAGAGCUUAUAACAGGGAAGAAACCAGUUGGUGAUUUUGGAGAAGGUGUGGAUCUUGUACAAUGGUGUAAGAAAUCAACCAACGGAGGUAGAAGAGAAGAUGUUUUCAACAUUGUUGAUUCAAGGCUUGUUGUUGUUCCUAAAGAGGAAGUCAUGCACAUGUUCUUCAUUGCCAUGUUAUGUUUAGAAGAAAACAGUGUCCAAAGACCAACCAUGAGGGAAGUGGUUCAGAUGCUUUCUGAAUUUCCUCCACAAUUCUCUUCUUCUUCUUCUUCUUCUCAUUCAAAUCCUACUCUUAAACAAGACCUUUUGGUUUAAAUAUUUAUUCAAAUGCAAAUUUCAUUUUUCUAUCUUCAUGUUUAUGUUUAUGUUAAUGUUCAUUAAUUACAUAUCUUUCUUUGUACACAACCAUAUAUGCAUACAGGUUUAGGAAUAAUAAUUACUACGGUUAAUUACCACUUCUUUAAAAGGAGUGCUCUACUUCAUUCAUUAGGCUCAAACUCAAAAUACUUGUAUUUAUCUUCUUUAAUAUUAAUAUUUAUAUGUCAAAGUUGAUUGUUC